GGAAGCUGUGGAGAGAGGCAAGGACUGCUCUUCUCUCCCUACAGGAGAGCCCCAAGGAAAGAGAGGUCUGAAUGAGCCCCUGAGCAGGGAAACUUCCCUGCCUCCCCACCAGCGUCAACAUCACACUUCUGCCUCCGGUGCCUAGGCUCUAAGAUGGGGAGAGAAUGCGGGGAGAUGAUGGAGAGGAGCACCUGGCUGGAGCAGUUAGUGAAGCCAGGACCUGAUGCUGGGUUUCCCGGCCCCCAGUCCCCUGUCCUGUGUUGUCAUCCUCCUCCUCCUCCUCCUCAUCAUCAUCACGACCACCACCACCAGCAUCAUCUGCAUAUUCCGUGCAUUCCACCUGCAAAGCCCUGUGGAGCCCUCGGUCCGCGUUUCUGUUCCUAGUGGUUAUCACACUCGCCUCAUCAGGGGUCUGCAGGUCUGGGGACAGGACAGGAACCGACAUGGGGCCUCGGGUCUCAGCGCAGUCUGGUAGGACUUCCCGCAAUGAGGCAAAUGUUCUAUAUCAACUCCGUCUCGUCAUGGCAGCCAUUAGCCACAAGUGGCCACUGAGCGCUUGAAAUGCGGGGAAGUGAAGUGAAAACUGUUUAAUCUUUAGUAAAUGUACAAAGCCACGGGGGGCCAUUGGCUGCUCUUCGGGCCAGCUCGGGAGGAUGUCCAGCCCCAGAGAGAGCCAAGAGGGCAGAGGCUGAACCCAGGAGGCCCUGCGUCUUCCCAGGUGACCACGCCGGCUUCAGGACAUGCACGGGCACAGCCGAAACGGGCAGGCCCACGUGCCCCGGCGGAAACGCCGCAACCGCUUCGUCAAGAAGAACGGCCAAUGCAACGUCUACUUCGCCAACCUGAGCAACAAGUCGCAGCGCUACAUGGCGGACAUAUUCACCACCUGCGUGGACACGCGCUGGCGCUACAUGCUCAUGAUCUUCUCCGCCGCCUUCCUCGUCUCCUGGCUCUUCUUCGGCCUCCUCUUCUGGUGUAUCGCCUUCUUCCACGGUGACCUGGAGGCUGGCCCGGCGGCCGCGGCCACGGCCGCGGCGGUGGCAGCAGGGGGGGCCCCGACGGGCGGUGGCGCAGCCGCCCCGACGGCCCCCAAGCCCUGCAUCAUGCACGUGAACGGCUUCCUGGGCGCCUUCCUGUUUUCUGUGGAGACGCAGACGACCAUCGGCUACGGGUUCCGGUGCGUGACGGAGGAGUGCCCGCUGGCGGUCAUUGCCGUGGUGGUCCAGUCCAUCGUGGGCUGCGUCAUCGACUCCUUCAUGAUCGGCACCAUCAUGGCCAAGAUGGCUCGGCCCAAGAAGCGGGCGCAGACGCUGCUGUUCAGCCACCACGCGGUCAUCUCGGUGCGCGACGGCAAGCUCUGCCUGAUGUGGCGCGUGGGCAACCUGCGCAAGAGCCACAUCGUGGAGGCCCACGUGCGGGCCCAGCUCAUCAAGCCCUACAUGACCCAGGAGGGCGAGUACCUGCCGCUGGACCAGCGGGACCUCAACGUGGGCUACGACAUCGGCCUGGACCGCAUCUUCCUGGUGUCGCCCAUCAUCAUCGUCCACGAGAUCGACGAGGACAGCCCGCUCUAUGGCAUGGGCAAGGAGGAGCUAGAGUCGGAGGACUUUGAGAUCGUGGUCAUCCUCGAGGGCAUGGUGGAGGCCACCGCCAUGACCACCCAGGCCCGCAGCUCCUACCUGGCCAGCGAGAUCCUGUGGGGCCACCGCUUUGAGCCCGUGGUCUUCGAGGAGAAGAGCCACUACAAGGUGGACUACUCGCGCUUCCACAAGACCUACGAGGUGGCCGGCACGCCCUGCUGCUCCGCCCGGGAGCUGCAGGAGAGCAAGAUCACCGUGCUGCCUGCCCCGCCGCCCCCGCCCAGUGCCUUCUGCUACGAGAACGAGCUGGCCCUCAUGAGCCAGGAGGAAGAGGAGAUGGAGGAGGAGGCAGCAGCCGCUGUUGCCGUGGCCGCGGGCCUGGGCCUGGAGGCGGGCUCCAAGGAGGAGGCGGGCAUCAUCCGAAUGCUGGAGUUUGGCAGCCACCUGGAUCUGGAGCGCAUGCAAGCCACCCUCCCGCUGGACAACAUCUCCUACCGCAGGGAGUCCGCCAUCUGACCUCCAGGCCCCGCCUUCAUCACUUCCCACACGAGCCUCUGCAGGGGGUGGGAUGCCAGGACACCCCUUCCACACUCAGGACAGAGCUGACCCUGGCUGCGUGGACCUUCCGGAGGGGGGGGGGGCUUCAAAGACUGGGGAACCCCCUUCCUAUUGACUCCAGAGCCCAGACCUGGGAAGGGCCCACGAUACCCUCUGCCCUGUCAGCCUACCCACUGGCAUCUCGGGGACCCCAGACCCACCACCCUUUUCCCACUGACACUUCAAGGACAUGCCCCCUUUACUCUCAGAACCUUGGGGAAGGCGGCUGGACUGCUGGGGGUGGGCAUCACGGGGUUCUGGGGUGGGCAGGGGUUAGUGUGGGAGGAGGGAGGGUGGGGGUGCGUUUCUUUUGCAUGACUGUGACCAGUUGCUCUUGACUUUCUUUUGUAAAUAUCUAUAAAUGGAGAAAUGGAGGCACCAAAUCCACCUUCUGCCAUUUGUACCCGCAGGACGAGGAGGUGCAGUCCCUCUCUGUGAACCCCUCCCCCUCCCAGCCCGGCAAGCCUAGCCCCUUCCCCCGCCCAGCUGGCUGGUCCCCAAAGCCAGCCAUCUUGGCCCCUGGAUGGUGUUGGGUUUGGGUACAAAGGUGGGACCCCGAGGGGCAGGAUGAGGACCUCCUGUGGUCCCUCCAGAUCCCCGGGGUCCAGCCCAGAUUGACAAUGGAGUUUGUAACUAUAUAUUUUUAAUAAAGUAUAUGGUCCAUUA